CCCUUUCAUCUUCCCCCGAAAAUUCGCACAAAUUUUUAUUUUUUUUCUUUUUCCAUUUUUCCAUUUGCUAACUUUCCCCGCCAUUUGCUUCCCACAAUUUUUCUGUUCCCAAAUCUGUCACUCUAGGGCUUCCAAACCGUUAUCUCUCUCCACUCUGCGAGGGAGAAAAAACCCUAAUUUUCCGAUAAAUCUCCUUAGAUUUCCCCCAAUUUACGCGAGAAGCGACUCCUCCAUGGUCCAUGCCCUCGCCGGCGCCGAUUGGGGACUCACCGGUUAACUAGAUAAUAGAUGAGUUAUCAUCAAGACCCGACCGGUUCGAGCUCCGGUUCCGGUCCGGCGUUAUGGAACCACCGCGGAAUCGGUCUCUCCAAUACGAUACACUCGGAGGUCGCGUCUUGCUUGCCUCUGCCGUCGCUUCCGGUCUUCUGCGGCGCUUCCGACCCGGAGCUACGGUUGUUCGACGAUUCGAGCCGGAAUUACUUGUGGUCGUUGAAUCGCAAUGAGAUUCUCAAUCAGUCUGGUAGGAUUGCUGAUCUGCUUCGACAAACCGAUGUCUCGUACUUGAACCUUAGAGAGGCUCCCCAGGAAGUUUCGUAUGGUUAUCUGGAGCCUUUAGAUCUUCACGAUGAAGUUCUUAGAUUCAAUUCAGAAGCAUUCAAUGUCAACGGUCCAGGUCAUAUCAAGGAGCAAAUCUCUGUUGGUACAGUUCCUGAAAAGAAGCCUUUCGAGCCAAGUAUACCUAUUACAAGUCAUUCUCAUAAGGAUUAUGGUGCAACUCAUAAUCAUCACUUUAAUAAUGUCCCUGCUAAUGACACAUCUACGUCAUCUUCCAGAAAAUCAAGAGCCAAGAAGAAAGUUUCUGAUAACAUUUCAACAGCAGUUUUACCUGAUCCCACCGAGCUUCAAGAUGCCGCUAUUGAGAGCUUUUGUGAGUUGGUAGAGAACUUUUGUAGCCGAGCUGAAAUAGAUAAUGAUGAUCGGGAUGAAGCAGAGUGGUUAUCAAUACCUCUUUCUGAUCUGAGAAUCCUUGUAAAUGAGAUAAUUUCUAUUCGUGCAAAGAGACUUCUACAUUUGCUCCCUGUAGAUAUUCUUGUUAGAGUUUUAAGGGUUUUGGACCAUCAGAUACAUCGAGCUGAAGGCUUGUCCAUUAACGAUUGUGAACAUUCAGAUUCAGAUAUCAUUUCGUCCAUCUUUUGUGGACUUGAGUCCAUUCAUGCAGCUUUAGCAAUGAUGGCCCAUAAUGAGAUGCCAAAGCAGCUUUAUAAAGAAGAGAUCAUUGAAAGGGUUCUGGAGUUCUCCAAGCAUCAAAUAAUGGAUAUCAUGUGCGCUUAUGACCCUUCGUUUCGUGCUUUGCAUAGACCAACUGAUAAUGGAGCACUUGAAGUUGAGGAUGAUGAAGAGCAUGAUGCUGAGUUUGGUUCAGCAACCAAGAGAAGACGUACUAUCAAGACUGUGAAAGCGAAGAAAUCAGCAAUGAACAAGGUCUCUUCUUCUGUUAAUACCAUUCUCCAGAAGAUGUGCACUAUUCUUGGUUUGCUCAAGGAUUUGUUGUUGAUAGAGAGGUUGUCUGAUAGUUGUAUCUUACAACUGGUAAAAACAAGUUUUACAACAUUCUUGGUGGACAAUAUCCAGCUCUUGCAACUGAAGGCAAUUGGUUUACUUAGUGGGAUAUUCUAUUCUUAUACACAACACCGGACUUAUGUAAUAGAUGAAUUACUUCAGCUGCUUUAUAAGUUGCCAAUCUCCAAGCGAGCUUUGAGAGCCUAUCAUCUACCUGAUGAGGAGCAGAGACAGAUUCAAAUGAUAACUGCUUUACUCAUUCAGUUAGUUCACUGUAGUACGAACCUUCCUGAAACUUUAAGGCAAGCAUCAAACAGUAAUAUGAUGUUGGAAGUUUCAGUCGAUGCUAAUUAUCCAACCAAAUGCUAUGAAGCAGCUACUGAGGCAUGUUGUCUCUUUUGGACCCGUGUACUUCAGCGCUUUGCUACCGUGAAAUCACAGGAUGCAUCUGAAUUGAAAGUAAUGAUGGAGAAUCUUGUUACUGAUUUGCUGACAACACUGAAUCUGCCAGAAUAUCCUGCUUCAUCUACGAUUCUGCAGGUUCUCUGUGUCUUGCUUCUCCAGAAUGCUGGGCUGAAGUGUAAGGACAUUGCUGUACGCUCUAUGGCCAUUGAUAUUCUAGGUACAAUUGCGGCAAGGUUGAAGCGUGACGCUGUAGAUUGCAGCAGAGAUAAAUUCUGGAUAUUACAGGAGUUGGGUAGCAAAGAUGGGACUGAGCAGAGCUAUCCAAAAGAUACAUGCUCUAUUUGUUUGGAAGGGAGGAUCGAAAGAUUGUUUUUUGUAUGCCAAGGCUGUCAGAGAAUAUUUCAUGCUGAUUGCAUGGGAGUAAGAGAAGAAGAAGUUCCUAACCGGGGCUGGUAUUGUCAGAUUUGCCUUUGUAGAAAACAACUUCUUGUUUUGCAAUCCUUCUGCAAGUCGCAAGGUAAAGAAGAAGGGACAAAGGACAAGAAAGACAAAAACCCUGAAUCUUCUUUCCCAAUUACAGAAGUAGAGAUUGUUCAGCAAUUGCUUUUGAAUCACCUUCAAGAUGCUAGUUCGGCUGAUGAUGUUCAUCUUUUUGUUCGCUGGUUUUAUCUCUGCGUGUGGUUCAAAGAUGAACCAAAAUCACAGCAGAAGUUGACGUACUACCUUGCUAGACUGAAAUCAAAAGCAAUAGUGCGGGAUUCUGGCAUCAUAUCUUCAUUAUUGACAAGGGAGACGGUCAAGAAGGUUACUUUAGUGCUGGGGCAAAAUAACUCUUUCUCCAGAGGGCUGGAUAAGAUUCUUUACACGCUUCUGGGAAGUUUAAGGGAGAAUUCUCCUGUAAUAAGGGCCAAGGCUUUACGUGCGGUCAGUAUCAUUGUAGAAGCUGAUCCAGAGGUACUUUGUGACAAUCGUGUGCAGUCGGCAGUGGAAGGAAGAUUUUGUGAUUCUGCAAUAUCUGCAAGAGAAGCAGCAUUGGAACUUGUUGGCAGACACAUUGCCUCGCAUCCUGAUGUUGGUUUGAAGUAUUUUGAGAAGGUUACAGAGAGAAUCAAAGAUACUGGAGUGAGUGUUCGAAAACGAGCUAUCAAAAUUAUUCGUGAUAUGUGCACUUCGAAUGCAAACUUCUCUGAGUUCACAAGGGCUUGCAUUGAAAUCAUCUCACGUGUGGGUGAUGAGGAAUCAAGUAUACAGGAUCUUGUUUGCAAGACGCUUUAUGAGUUCUGGUUUGAGGAACCUUCAGGUUCACAAAUUCAAUACUAUGGAGAUGGUAGUUCUGUUCCGUUGGAAGUGGCGAAAAAAACUGAGCAGAUUGUUGAGAUGUCGAGAAUGAUGCCAAACCAUCAAUAUCUUGUCACAAUCAUUAGGCGCAACUUAGCACUUGAUUUUUUCCCACAAUCAACUAAAGCUGUUGGGAUCAACCCCCUAUCACUAGCGUCAGUCCGCAAGCGCUGCGAGUUAAUGUGCAAGUGCUUAUUGGAAAGGAUAUUGCAGGUAGAGGAAAUGAGUAGCCAGGAAGUAGAGGAGCGUGCACUCCCGUACGUGCUGGUUUUGCAUUCUUUUUGCGUUGUGGACCCAACUCUAUGUGCACCGUCUUCCGACCCGUCCCAGUUUGUGGUCACUCUUCAGCCGUAUCUUAAGAGUCAGUCUGACAAUAGAGUGGUGGCAAAAUUAUUGGAGAGCGUAAUCUAUAUAAUUGAUUCUGUUCUUCCCUUGCUUCGAAAGUUACCUCAAAGUGUUGUUGAAGAACUAGAACAAGACUUGAAGCACAUGAUUGUUCGGCAUUCCUUCUUGACCGUUGUCCAUGCAUGCAUCAAAUGCCUUUGUGCUGUGAGCAAAGUUGCUGGAAAAGGUGGUACUGUAGUUGAGCAUCUUAUUCAGGUUUUCUUCAAACUUUUGGAUGCUCAGGCUGUUGAUAACAAGCAGCAAGUCAGUAUUGGUCGGUCUCUUUUUUGUCUUGGAUCACUUAUCCGGUAUGGCAACUCUUUGCUUAAUAACUCCAGUGAGAGAAAAAUUGACAUUGUGAGCAGUAUCAACUUAUUUAAAAAGUAUCUUCAGAUGGAUGAUUUUGCAAUAAAGGCCAGAUCAUUGCAGGCAUUAGGCUUUGUUCUAAUUGCUAGGCCUGAAUAUAUGUUGGAAAAAGAUAUUGGAAAAUUGUUAGAGGUGACGCUAUCAUCGGGUUCUGAUGACCGUAUUAAGAUGCAAGCAUUGCAAAACAUGUACGAGUAUCUUCUUGAUGCGGAAAGUCAAAUGGGAACAGAUGAAGCAAGUAACAGUGAGAUUCAUUAUGCCGUAGAAGGGGGUCAGGCAGUACCUGUUGCUGCUGGUGCAGGAGAUACUAAUAUCUGUGGUGGUAUAAUUCAGUUGUAUUGGGAUAACAUUCUGGGAAGAUGUUUGGAUGUCAAUGAACAAAUUCGCCAAUCCGCCCUUAAGAUUGUUGAGGUUGUGCUGCGCCAAGGUCUUGUUCAUCCAAUUACCUGUGUUCCGUACUUGAUAGCACUAGAGACAGAUCCACUGGAGGCUAACUCGAAGUUGGCUCACCAUUUGCUCAUCAAUAUGAAUGAAAAGUACCCUGCAUUUUUUGAAAGCCGCUUAGGAGAUGGUCUUCAGAUGUCUUUUAUAUUCAUACAAUCUAUUAGCUCAAGUGCUGAACACGUGAAUGCAAAAAUCCAAUCCAAACCUCCUGGCAACAUGAAGGGAAAAUCUGAUGUUGUCUCUUUGACUCAAGCAAGGCUAGGAGUUUCUCGAAUCUACAAGCUAAUUCGUGGAAACCGAGUUUCAAGGAACAAAUUUAUAUCCUCUAUUGUGCGCAAAUUUGACACUCCCAGUUGGAACACUUCCGUAGUACCUUUUUUGAUGUACUGCACCGAAAUUCUAGCUUUGCUACCAUUCACGUCUCCUGAUGAGCCCCUUUAUUUGAUCUACACUAUUAAUCGAGUAAUACAAGUCAGGGCUGGUGUUCUUGAAGCAAAACUUAAAGCUCUGUGUUCACAUCUGUCACAAAGAGUGGUAUCUCGUGCGAAUGGAAGAAUUAAAGAAGAAUCUGCUUAUCACAUUCCAAGUGAGAUUACUUCAACGGGCAUGAGCAUUCAACAGGAGCUUACAUCUCAUAAUUAUAUGUUAUCAGUGGAUUUAAAUGGGACAGUCCAACCAGAACCACCUCACCAGUUUGUCUCAGAUCUAAGUGAUGUGCAUUCUACAGGCUCGGGGGAUUCUUCUUGCAUCACAAAAGAUGAUGAGCAGAUGAUCCAGGGGGACUGUGUAUCAGCUAUUUCUUUGCAGCUUCUUUUGAAGUUAAAGAGGCACCUGAAGAUUGUGUAUGGCCUAAACGAUACUCGAUGCCAGGCUUUUUCUCCAAACGAACCCCUUAAAGCGGGAGAGGCUCUCUCCAGGCAGAAUAUUCCCUUCAACAUCAGUGAAACACGCAUGAACUUGCCAACAACUUAUCAAGAAUUGGUACAAGUGUAUCAGGAAUUCAAGAAUGCAUUGAAAGAAGAUGUGGUUGAUUACUCGACGUACACGGCAAACAUUAAGAGGAAACGUCCUACUCCCAGAAAAGUGCGGAAAGCUGGACAAAUGGCGGGAAGAGACGAUGAUGACGAUUAUGAUGAUGAAGACUAUGCGGGUGGGGUUCGUGGACUAAGUAAUAGUGGGAGGAAAAGUGUUAACACCAGAAGUAGGGUACGAUUAUAGAUGUACAUAUAUGAUAGCUAGGCUAACCUUGUACAGCUUUUAGGUGGAAAGGAAAAGGAUACGGGGUAGGGGGUGGGGUGGGAGGGGGAAAGAAGAUAAGAAGAUUAGAAAUUUCGGAAACAGGAGAGGAACUUAUUAGAGCAAUGUUGUCUCUUGAUGUUUCCGUCAUGGUAAUUCAUUUUGGUAUUAUAGUAAUUGCAUUAUUUUUUGGUUAACAAAGAAAUCCCUUUUGUAUAUUGAUUGCCCCUCGAAUGAAAAUUUUGGUCCUUUCUCAUUGCUUUCCUUUUUGGAAGCGAUACUCAACUGGACAUGCUUCUUGGAGAUCACUUUGGAAAAGAACUCAUCCUUUGAUCUCAGCGUUAUGCACUGUUCAAAAUUGUACCUGUAUUAUUGUUACUAUAUAUGCAUUCGAUUCCUAUACAUACAUCCACACGCACGACUUG